AUGAUACCACGGCGAGUCGUAGCUCGCUCGUUGCAACCUUCAAGCAAGUUCCUAUUGCGUAUCCGUUCAGCGACUCUCGAAACCUCACUAACGUCUUGCAUCACAGAGCUAAUAUCACUAUACUCACCAUGCCUACGGCAGCACCGAUCAAUCUCCACGGAGACCUCACCAGGUAGCAGCAAUCCAGCUGCACCGAAAGGACCCCUCAUUGUCGAUUUCGACGAACAAGUCAAACUCGCUGCCUCGGAGCCAUCACGGUCAUCUAUAAUCCCCCAGACUCGGCCGCAGGCGUCUGGACGGCCACUGACGAAGCUUGAGGAAUACCAGCGCCUAAAGGCAUCAAAACACGCUUCGGAUCUAAUUGGAGGGGUUCUUGAAGACCAUUACAAGCCGCACGAGCUAAUCACAAAUCCGCCGUCCCCUCGGGAUAUUACUCUCGAACUUCUCCUAGCCUCCGGUGCACAUCUCGGACAUGCCACUGCCCUAUGGAACCCUGGUAAUCAACGUUUUAUCUUCGGUAUCCGCCAAGGCAUACAUUUGAUUUCGCUGGAUGUGAUUGCUGCUCACCUACGGCGUGCCGCGAAAGUCGUGCACGGUGUAUCAAAAAACGGAGGAAUCAUAAUCUUCGUGGGUACUAGGGAUGGACAGGAAAGGGCCGUCGUUGAGGCUGCAAAGAGGGCAAAGGGCUACCAUGUCACCGAACGAUGGGUUCCCGGCACAAUUACGAAUAAAGACCAACUUCUCAGCGAACAAAAAGUACGGAUACUUAACUAUUUAGACCAGGAGAUUCGAUUGACCGAACAGGAGAAGCUCGAGCUGAAACAAAAACUCGCUGGUGAGAAUGGGGAUAUACACAGGAUCCAAGUUGAAGAUACAGCACAGGUUCCCUUCGGUUAUGGUGCAAUUAGACCCGACCUAGUGGUCUGCUUGAAUCCACUAGAAAAUAAAACCAUGCUGCAGGAGUGCGCUCAGUAUAGAAUUCCGACAAUCGGUAUCAUCGACACCGACGUCGAUCCCACCUGCGUCACAUACCCAAUUCCCGCCAACGAUGACAGUCUCCGAUGUGUCCAAUUGAUUGUUGGGGUUCUGGGAAGAGCGGGCCAGGAAGGCAGGUUAGCCCGGUAUGAAGAAGAAACAAACCGCGCAGAAGAACUCAAGAGACGGCAGAAGCGUUUAGAAGAGACGGAGAGGACCCUGGAAGAAGCUACAACAACGAACCAAGUCUACAAGGAUGCUGAACAAGCAGCUUCUGAAUCUAGGCAGCGCGAGCUUGAGCGGGAGUCGUUAAUCUCAAACAGAUGA